AUGACCGAUUCAGACGAGGAAAAUGAUAUUUUCGAAAUCAACGAUUUCACAGUUGUCACACCUUUAGAGGAAUGUUCGGCAGCUGUUGAACACUUUAUUCAAAAAUGGGGGCUUUAUGAUCGCCGUCCGCUUUGCUCCCCACAAAAUUGGACUUUGCAAGUCAAAGAAUCUUGCACAAUCAGUUUUGGCGAGAAUAAAUUGAAGAUUCAGUAUAUUCAACCAGUUUCGGUUAGUUUUGGUUUUGCAAAUUUUGAAAAAUAAAAAAAAACAAAAACGGUUUCAGCCAAUAAUUGAAACAAAAUUCGAUAGUGAUGGAAAUGAUAUUGUUGUCGUUGAAGAGCAUCAAAAUGUUCCAUUUGCUCUUGUCGAAGAUUUGAAGAAUAUCAAACUUGGAUUUGAUCCAAAUGAUGGAAUUGUUCUUCAAUUCGGUGUUCGCGAAUAUCUCUACGUGACACCAGCUGACGGAAUCGCUAAUCAAAUCACAACUGAGGCUGAAUGUGAUACAAUUCUUGGAGCAAUCAAACUUGCUCUUCAUGCAAGUCGCUGCGAAAUCCCAGUAAUCGUGCUCGCUAAAGAUGGCGAACAACAAAUCAAACAUGGCUACGGAACCGAUGGAAUAUCGUCGUAUAAUUUCUCAACAGUUUCAUUGAGAACUAUUAGUCAACAACAUUCGCAUCUCAAUGGGUUGAUGGCAAUGUUCAAGGAACAUAUCAAUGUGAAAUCGAUGCCAGAUGAUGAUGAGAUUCGAAUCACUACAAGAUUCCAUAAUUUUGCCGAGAUUAGAACGGAUUCAUUUUUCCGAACUUUGAACGCCAGAAAAUUAACUAUGGUUCCAUUUGGAAGUUAUCACUAUCUUCCAAUGUAAGCUUUUUUUAAUUAUCAAAAAAAUUUCUAAUAAUUUUUCUUGCAGUAAUGUUAUCAGCGUUGUCGCCACAUGGAAAGAUUUCCGCGAAGAUGUUAUGACUGAGAACGAGAGUCAUUCAGACUUUGACAUAAAUCACGCAACAUUUUGGACCAUCUCACUGGAACAAUUGGAUGAUUCGGACAAAAAUUUGAUCUUGACAUCAGCUUUGAAAGCAUAUUUGCGCACCAACGAAGGAAGAUUGAGUGACAAAACAUCGAAGGAGGCGUUGGGAACAUUCUACACACCACAAGGAACAACUGCAGCUUUCGAUAAAUUGACGGGAGGAAAUGCGAUGACUUUGAAGAUUGGUGGAACACCAAUCAGUGAGAUUAUUUCGGAGAUCAAUGGGCCAAUGUCGCCAGUGAGUUUGAAAAUUUGAAAACAUGUUUGUUUUUUUGAACAAUUUUCAAAAGUGCAACUGAUAAGACGUUGAAUGAACAAAUUUUGAGAGGGAUUUGAGAAAAUUCAAAAUAAUGUUCACGAGGAAAUUGUGUGACCAGUCCCCGGAGAUUUUCAAUGAAUAAAAGAUCCUGUUUUCAAUUUUUGCUGAGAAAUGAGCCGAAAGUUAAGGAUUUUUUGAAAACCGCGUUGGAUUUUUUGAAAACCACGUUUUUGAUAUCCCGUAACUCAUAUUAGAGAAGUUUUUAUCGAAAACAGAGUCCAGGGCGAUGUUCAGGAGGGUUGAUUCACCAAACUCAAAAGUUUUGACAACAUUUCCUGAACCACAAUAUUUUUUUCUGAAAAAGUAUGAACUUACUAACUAAAAAUUUGUAACUUUGGUAAACCGACCUUCCCGAACAACGUGAGCAUUCAGUUUUUUUUCUAGAAAUCAUCUUUAACAUGAGUUAUGGGCUCAAAGAUUUCCUCAACUUUAGGCUCUUCAGAGAGUAGCUCAGCAAAAACUGAGAACAAGAUCAUUGUGAAAAAUGUCUCAUUGAAAAUCUACUCUUCAAUCGUUUCAUUUUUUCAGAGAUUCGUGAAUUUGUGGAUUUCACUCAUGUUUGGAGAUAUUCGAGCUGAAGAUUUGCUAAACGAUGAAUUCAAACAAAUGUACUCGCUUCAAAAUCGUAGCACAAAGCACAUGAAUGAUAUUGUUUUUGUCAUUUUCGAAGAUUUACUUUACCCGGAUCACCCACAAAAUUCGCUCAACACCGCAUUAUUCAAAGCUGCUCGUCAACCAUCGCUUGGUUGGAAAUUGGCGAUUGCCAUGUUGAAUAUUCAAGUUUUCGAAAAUGCCAACGUUCGUAGCGAGCCACAACUUUGGCUCGAAUUUGUCAAGCGAUUGAGGGAGAAAUAUGAGAACAAUGAGGAUAUUGAGUGAGUUUUUGAACUCGAAUAUUUGGAAAAUAUUCUGAUCAAAAUCAUUUUUCAGCAUCUGCGAAACAUCUGGACAAAUUGAUUUGUCGCAAUGCUUCUUUGCACAGAAACUUCAAUUGCUCCAGGCUUGCGUCAUCGCAAGACGCAAGAGAUAUGCUCUUUUGGAGAAUGCAACAGAUGUUGCUCACGAUGAAUUUUUCGACGCUGAAGACGAUUUCAAUGAGAGUUUGAGAAAUUUGAAACUGGAAGAAGGUGGAGCACAAGGAAGAUUGAAGAAGUUGGGAAAUGCUAAAUUGUUCAAGAAUCCGAACGAGUCGAUUUAUGUUCCAAUUACUCAGGUUAGUAACAAUUCCUUCAAAUAUUGAUUUUUGAUUUGGAAAAAAAAAAUGAAAAUUUUAGGAUCGUAGUCCAAUGACUGAAGAUAUGUUGGAUGAGCAAACCGAUUAUUUGUGCAAUCUCAACGAGGAAGAUCGUAUUUUAGCACAACUCGAACCACUUCGCAGUGAUAUGAUGGGCUUCAAGGCCGCGAAUCCAGGAUGUACCAUCGAAGAUUUCCUCCGCUGGCACUCGCCAAAAGAUUUUGAUGAAUCGACCGGCGAAGUUUCGGAGAGAAUGAGAAUUCCUGACAAUACCUGGCUGAAAUGUUGGAACACAACCAAACCGGUGGCUGUCAUCAACCAGGCUCGCCUAUUCAACGACACAAAAUUGGCCGAAGAGGUUUUGGAACUUUUUGAGAAUGCAACUAUCGAACAAUUCCGCAAAUGGCUCAAACCGAUUGUUUUUGUUGUGGCGUUUCAACGUGUUGCAAGAGUUCUUCAUGAGAAUUCAGUCAGAUGUUUCGACUGGAUUCAGAAAUCGAAUGAUGCUAUGCGAAUGUUGGUUGUUGCUACAAACUCUGACAAUGAGUGAGUUUUGAUCGCAAAAGAAACAUCUGAAAAUCUUCCGGAACAGGCUUCCGAUUAAAAUACCUUACAAUAAAAUAUGUGUGUUUGCAGGGCUAAAUACGCCGAACUCUCAAACUGGAUCACCAAAUCCGAAAUUUGUUUGAGCGCUGCUCUCCACCUCGAAUCGCUCUUCAACUCAGUUUCAUCAUCACCAACCAUGUUGGGCCCACUUCCAGAAUCACAACCAAAACGCGAAUUCAUUCUCAAACUCGUACAAAAUUGGUAUGAUAAAUUGCACAGCCCGGAACCGGUCGACGAUUUGAAUAUCAAACCGCAAGAUCCAAUCGGACGUGCUGUCGCGAAUUUCUGUGAUUUUGAAAAUCAAGAGGAUAAGAAGAACCGAAUUCCAGAGAGGUUUGUAUAUUUUGUUUGAUUUGAAAUAAAAGUUUAAUUAUUUUUUUUUGCAGAAAGGAAUAUAUCUUGAACUGGAAUGUCAAGAGACCAUCCGAAUGCAAUUACAAACUCCCACAAAGAAUGUAUGCAUGCUUGGAAAACGAGUUCAAUCACAUUUGCUUUUCACUUGGCCACGACUGCAACUUUAACAAUACCAUAAUGGAUUAA